UUCUUCAUGGAUGCGUAAACAUUGGACAUCAAAAUAACAUGAAGAUAAACUGAGUAGAUGAAAAUGCCAAACACAGCCCUAAACUGCACAGGGAUUCGCUUUAUUCAUUAUCAUAGCAACCAUUCAUAAAAACCAGAAACGUCAUGAUACAGUGUUUUUACGCAUCACGUGAUUAUUCUUUAGCGUGACGGCGCUUGCUUCUGUGACGUCACACAGGAGCUCCUAGAAUGGAACAAGAAUGCUGAGCUUUCAGACAUUCAUUGAAAUUUGUGGGAGUAAAGUGCUUACUGAAGUUGCUCUUAUCAAGAGAGAAAAAUGAAGACGUUUUUGAGUACACUUGGCGCUGGUGUAGCGGAUAUCCCCCUGCGCCCCCUAUUGUACAUGGCCGGAGCUGCAGCCAUGGCAGCCGCCAUUUACUGUUAUGCUAACCGAGGCUAUCGAGAGAAAACAACUCCCGAGAAUGAGGUCACAACUGAAGAAUGCUGUGGCUGAGGAUGAGGAGAAGAUUCAGAAGCUUGUGGUGUCUAAUACUCAGCUGGAGGAGAGAGUGAGGGAGCUGGAGGAACUGCUCUGUGAAGCAUGCAGAGAUUGUGACAUGAAAAGCAAGGUCUCCCUGGCUGAAGCAGAGGAGAGACUUCAGAAGGCUUUGGAGUCCAUUGAUGAGCUGGAGGUGGAGAAGUCUAAUCUGAACAUCCAGGUGGAGAUGCUGCGAGGAUCUGUGCAGGACAUGGUGAUCCUGCUCCAUGUGAUUGAAGGGCAAAGUGACCAGCUAAAGAAUGAGUUUCAUAUGAAGGAGGAUGGAUGAAGAUGAGUGUGACGCAAACAGCGGAGUUACUGAAGGUCUCCCUGGCUGAAGCAGAGGAGAAACACCAGGAGGCUGUGGAGAACAUUGAUCAGCUGGAGGUGGAGAAGUCUAACCUGAAGCACCAGGUGGAGGAACUGCAAGGAACAGUGCUGGACAUGGGGAACAUGCUAACUGAGAUUGAAAGGGAGUGUGACAAGCUAAUUAACGACUUUGAACGAGAGCGGGAGAGACACAGCAUCCUCAAGUCCGAGUAUGAUGAGAUGAAAGAGACUUUGAUGGACAAGGAGGAAUUACUGAAGGUAAACGUUCCUUCUCAUGAAACCAUGACUGCUAUUGUAAGGUGUGUGUGUGUGUUUGUGUUUGUCAUGAGUAAUGAUUCAAUUUUUAAAAGUGUCUGAAUGCUUGUGUAGAAGUAAAUAAAUCUUAA